AAUACACAGUGGUAGUGUGAUAGUCGAUAUAUAAAGGGGUGGAAGGGGUGCGUUGAAAAGCCUCUCUCGCGUUGCUGUCUCAUUUCUAACAAAUCUCAUCCUCCUUCGUCUCUCCUCUUAUUCCACCGCGCUUCCCGAGGCGAGUCCGACGCAGGAGUUUUUUGGCAGUAGAAAUGGCUGAGCAGCACCAGCUCCCAACUGUUUAUCAGAAAUUUGCUACUCAGUAUAAUUUUGGUUCCAGCCUUUCGCAAGAUGUUAAGAGUACCUAUGGAAGCUUUCCUAUGCAGAGGAGUCGUUUUGCUUAUGGUAACUAUACUGGUGCAGGAAUGCAGUACCCCAUGGCACGAACAUACCUAGCCACUCCGGACCUUCCUUCAGCUUAUUCAUCACCUGUCUUUGUCCAAGCACCAGCCGAGAAAGGUAUUGCAGGUUUUGCCAUUGAUUUUCUCAUGGGUGGAGUUUCAGCAGCUGUCUCCAAAACUGCUGCUGCUCCAAUUGAGCGUGUGAAACUCUUGAUCCAGAACCAAGAUGAAAUGCUCAAGACUGGUCGUCUUUCUGAACCUUACAAGGGUAUUGGAGAAUGUUUUAGCAGAACAAUUAAGGAAGAAGGCUUUGGCUCUCUGUGGAGAGGGAACACUGCUAAUGUCAUCCGUUACUUUCCUACACAGGCUUUGAACUUUGCAUUCAAGGAUUACUUCAAGAGUCUCUUCAAUUUUAAGAAGGAUCGUGACGGCUACUGGAAAUGGUUUGCUGGUAACUUGGGGUCUGGUGGUGCCGCUGGUGCUUCAUCGUUGCUCUUUGUCUAUUCCUUGGAUUAUGCUAGAACCCGUCUUGCAAAUGAUGCUAAGGCUGCAAAGAAGGGCGGAGAGAGGCAGUUUAAUGGAUUGGUUGAUGUUUACAAGAAGACUCUUGCAUCAGAUGGUAUUGCUGGGUUGUACCGUGGAUUCAACAUUUCAUGUGUUGGCAUCAUUGUGUACCGUGGUUUGUAUUUUGGAAUGUACGACUCACUGAAGCCAGUACUCCUCACUGGGAAGUUGCAGGAUAGUUUCUUUGCUAGCUUUGCUCUUGGUUGGGUGAUCACAAAUGGUGCUGGUCUUGCUUCGUACCCCAUUGAUACUGUACGUAGAAGAAUGAUGAUGACAUCUGGUGAAGCUGUGAAGUACAAGAGUUCCCUUGAUGCCUUCUCUCAGAUUCUUAAGAAUGAGGGACCCAAAUCACUGUUCAAGGGAGCUGGUGCCAACAUCCUCCGUGCAGUUGCAGGUGCUGGUGUGCUUGCUGGUUAUGACAAGCUUCAGGUAAUAGUCUUUGGAAAGAAGUAUGGUUCAGGGGGAGCAUAAUGGUCCACACAUUGGCACAUCACAUCCUCUCUUUCACUUGUGUUGAGCCAUAGAUGGUGAUGAAAAUCUUUCUAUUUUGGAUUAUAUAAUUUCAGAAGACUGAAGAGCAAUUAGGCCAUUUGAAUAACUAAACACUGAGACUGGAAAGUCCUAAACUUUUUACUCCCUUUAAAGAGGGGUUUUGUGUCGUUUUAUAAAUCUUGUUAGAUGCGGAAACGGUAUGUCCUAUGAUCAGAGUUUUUGAAUCAGAAUUAUGCCAUUCUUAUA